AUGCCUCCUCGAAUACAAUUCUUAGAUGAGUCGAAUGAGAUUCGGUCGCAGUAUUCAGAUGAUGCAUAUUAUCCGUUUCAUAGUCCCCUUGCUGCUCAGGCCUUCUCACCGCAGACCCAAUCUUCCCUUAGCGGGGGCAACCAUACAGGUACGCCGCCGAAUGCAGCAAUAACACCUACGGAGGGACUCACAGUCUUGUCGCUGCUCAACUCUGAAUCCCCGGCACAAACACACACGCCUGGUAUUCCUUCACCAUUCGAUCAUCACAUGCAAUCCAGCAUCUCUCAGCCACAUGAGUCCCGCACUUUCGUCUACCAGCAAACACCAGGUGAGCCAAUUCUCUGGCCGCUCGAACACGAACAGGAGGCCAUGCUGCUCCGACACUACAUUGAAAAUGUAGCGCUAUUUUUCGACAUGAUCGACAACGAGUGUCAUUUUGCGAUUCAUGUUGUGCAGAGAGCGAAGAAUGACAGUACUUUGAUGAACGCAAUUCUAGCUCUGUCUGCUCGGCAACUUAGCCGGACUACCGACUUUGAUCCAUACAUUGCAGACGCAUACUACCAACGAUGCUUUGAUACGCUGAUUCCCGCGCUCAAUAAUAACAACAUUGCCAAAGAGGACGAGUCGUUGCUCGCGGCAACCAUCAUUCUACGGCUGCUUGAAGAGAUGAACAUUUCGAUCGUCGGCAACGACCCACAGGGUCAUCUCUUCGGUACUCAGGCCAUCAUUCGUGCAGCCGAGCAGUCCUACGCUGCAACGACUGGGCCAAGCUCUCGGCAAGCAAUAUAUUGGGCCGCCUUUCGUCAGGAACUCUGGAUAUCCUUGAUGACGCAACGUGCUUUCCAAUUACAUAUCUUCCCCGCUGAUCGUUCUCUUGAGCCUGCCAACGACUCUAUUUGGGCCAAUCGUACCAUCGCACAUGUUGGUGACGUGUGCAACUUUGCCUUUGGAGAGGACAGACACAGCGUUACACGCUAUGGUCAGCUUAUCGACGAAAACAGAGCUUGGAGGACACGACGUCCUGACAGUUUCGACCCUUUUUACUACCGACAGGAUCGGGAUGGCAGCGGCCGCAACUUCCCCGACAUACGCCUCCACGAGAAGACACAUGUCAUGGGUACACAAUAUAACACACUUGCUCACAUGCUGUUGGUCGUGCAUGACCCCACUAUUCCCCAGCUGGGCCCAGCUCACAAACAAUCUCGUGCAGUCGUCGAUAGAAUGGUGCAGGAUGACGUCCGCGCACUUUGCGGAGUUGCACAAUCAAACGAAAAGUACUUCCCAUGCAAAUUCGUCGCCUGUUUUGCUAUCGCCUUGGUAGGCGAUCGCUUUCAGAUGCGGGAGGAUCAGGAACGAUUGCGCGAUUUCUGGUAUGCAUGCGAACGCUCACACGGGUUUCCGCCAACGACAACGAUUCAUCAAUUAGAGGAGUCAUGGGGGUGGCACAAUGAUUGA